CUCUGAGCCCGGCUCCAGCCAGCCGGGAAAGGAGCCUCUGUUCUCCCCACAACUCCAGCCCCCCAAAGACCCUGGGGCCAUGGAACACGUCCCCUUCCUCCUCCUCCUCCUCCUCCUCUUCCGACAUGGCCUGUGUGAUGCAGUCUGUGGGGAUGCAGAAGGUAUCCAAGGGGGUGAGGUCGUGUACCCCAAGAUCCGAACCAAUGGCAGCGUCCUGGAGUAUCACUGCCCCCCAAACAGCUACGCCCACCCCGUGAGCUGGAGGGUCUGUCAGUCCAGCGGGAAGUGGUCACCUCUGAGGAAUGCCUUCGAGUCAGCCCAACGGCCCUCCUGCAUCAACUACACCUGCACUGGCUACAUCACCUUCGAGAACGGGUGGCACGAGCCCCGGCAGAGCAAGUACAGCGUCGGGGACACGAUCACCUUCCACUGCCAGCCCGGGCACCAGCUCUUCGGCGCCGCACGCCGCACCUGCCUGGCCAACGGCGAGUGGAGCGGCCGCACGGCCGUGUGCGACCCCGAGGACUCUCUGUGCCCCUGGCCAGGCAUCCCCCUCGGGGGGCAUCGCCAGGGCCACGUCUUCGAGCCAGGCAAAGCCGUGACGUUCAGCUGCCUCCGAGGCCUGGUGCUGCGAGGCUCUGCCCGCCGCGUCUGCCAGAACUCAGGCCAGUGGUCGGGGGAGGAGCCGCGCUGUGAGGGCCGCUACGCCUACGACAACGUGACCUCUGUGGCCGAGCACCUGGACGUGUCAGAAGAAAUCACCUCGCACGCACAGACAGGCACCAACAUAUACUUUGUCCUGCACACGUCGGGCAGCAUCGGGGCCAAGAAUCUGAACACAAGUUGGGAAUUCAUCAUCGCCAUCAUGGACCAGGCCACCCAGGUCUCUGACAAAGUCUGGUUCGCGAUGGUGGCAUUCGGCAGCUCAGCCCAGCUGGUGUCGGCUCUGACCAAGGAGAGCAAUGAUGUGGAGGACGCCUGGGAGCAGUUCCAGAAAACAAACAGCUUCACCCAGCGAGGCGCCAACCUGGGGGCCGCGUUGAGGCAGGUUCUGUCCCUGAUCCAGACGGAGCCGCCGAAAACCAGCGCCAGGAAACACAUCGUGGUUCUGAUCACGAGUGAGAGACACAAUGUGGGGCUGGACCCAGCUGGGGUCUCAGCACAAAUCCAGGCAGCCGUCCCCGACCCGGACCAGAACCUGGAUAUCUUCGCGCUGGGGGUCGGCGGUGCCCACAAGGAGCAGAUGGAGCGAAUCGCCACGAAGAAGCCGGGAACCCAAAGAUCCUUCUACCUGCAGAGCUACCGUGACCUGGGGGCCCUCACCCAGCUGCUGUGGGGCUUGGACGAAGGUCUCGGCUGUGGGGUGCGGGGCGUGGGGCGCAGCCUGUCCAUGGAACGGGUUUUCCGUGGGGAGCAGGCGGAGGAGAAGCAGUGGCCCUGGCAGGUGUAUCUGAAGUUGAAAGACAAGCAUCAUUCCUACAGCGCGGGGGGCUCCAUCGUGGCCCCCUCCUGGGUCCUGACCGCGGCUCACAACGUCUGGGACGCCGAGGCCGGGCGAGCCAUGGCCCCGGACCAAGUCACUGCGGCUGUCGGGCUGACCACCACCCCCAAGCAGCCCCCAGGCCUCCGCGUGGGGCAAAUCAUCGUCCACGAGGGCUACAAAGGGCUUUUGAAUUUUGACUUCGACAUCGCACUGCUCAACCUCACCGAGCCUCUGGCCUUCACCCCCAAAAUCCGGCCCGUCUGUCUCCCCUGCAGCGCGGAGAUGAGGCGCAUCCUGGACCUGCCGGCGGCCGGCUGGGAGGAGACGUGCACGUACCAAGGCCGGAUCCUGACGGGGCACGGCGGGGAUGAGGAGGAGAGAGAAAUCCGGGGCAUCAUCACCGGCUGGGGGAAGAUCGGGAACCGGGCAACCAGUAAGGUGCUGCAGCAGGCCGAGGUGGUGAUACAGAGCCGCCCACACUGCCAGGAGAAACUGAAAAAUUUCACCUCCAACAUGUUUUGUGCCGUCGGAGAGAAGGGUCAAGAUGCCUGCGGGGGUGACUCCGGGGGACCCUUCGUAGUGAAGCGAAACCAGCGCUGGAUACAGGUUGGCAUCGUGAGCCAUGGUUCCACCCAGAAGUGCGAUGGCACCAGCCUAGGAGUCUACACGAGCGUCCCGCAGCUCAUGGGCUGGAUCAGGAAGAAGGUCCCGGAGCUGGGAUUCGAGUGACUCUCCCCCGCCGCCCCAGCACACUCCCCCGCCGGCCCGGCCCGGCCCGG